AGUGUUGGGCUCAAGACGGGUCUUCAGCUACCUUUUUAUUCCAUUAGCUUGGCCGGAACCUCAUGGCAAGAUGGAUCAUUCUUACAUUGCUGUGGCACUUGCUGAGUAUGCUGUCUGCGGCAGACGAAUUUGCAGAGGCAUUAGAACAUUGCGGUGAAAGGGAUGAAGUGUUCAACACCAGUUUGUUGCAGCUUGGAACAACGCUAGCAAGGACACCAACCAACCCAUGUGGUUACUUGUUGAUUGAUACUUGUUCCAAUUUGUCUUGGGUUGCAGCAAUGCCUGUGCCACCCAUUCACAUGGGUCUGAUUGCUACAGACCUGUGGAAGAUGUCAUGGCAGAGCACCCUGGAGAAGAUGGAUAUUGCUACUUCAAUUCAGUUGCUUUCUAUGUUAAGUAUGGUGGCCCGACGCCUGACUUUGAAGCAGAAGCUGCAAGCGGAAUAACAUAUCUUCGUCAUGGAGAGUACAAAGGACUGAACACAGGCCCGCUGCUAACAUACCACUUUGAAGGCGAAGUCAUUGCUUCACACAUGGAUAGCAUGCACUACAGCUAUGAUGACAUCUAUGCAUACUCUUUGGGAUUCUUGCAGGGUCAGGGAAUCGACUCAUGGCGAAUGAAGAAUGCCACAGAUUGGAUAUCACUGUCUGAAGAAAAGUGUAAAACGAUUCAGCAGAGAUACAAUUUUAGCAAAGCAGAGUUGGUGCUUUCAGAUUGGCUGGACUUUAACCAAGUCAUUGCAACUAUGGCAUGUUGCAGUGCAGGUAUCUCAUGUGCGACAGACGAGAACAACCGACGAUUGUCAGGUUUCCAGAGUGUUUCACAAUGCAGGCCUGUGACCAGAAGGGAUUUUGCGAAGCAUCACUACAUGAAAUGCUUGUUGGGCUACAGGAACUCCGCUGCGGACAUGGCAUACCUCCACAGCCGAGCUUGUCUGCUGGCUGGUCACCGAAUUGGUCAUUUCAGUGACUGCCCAUACGUGCCCCCUGUCGACUUUUGAUCAUUUUCAUCGUAGGGGCGACUACGUUUUGAACGCGGAGAAGGUAAUGGCCCACUCACAACUGAUUUUCUGAGGCAAAAGUCAGUGUGCUUGAUCUCAAACAUGUGUCUUACAUGUUCGCGGGGUGCCUUUUCAGUCGAGAACGUUCUCGCUUGUUUGACGUCUAAGUCUAAGUCUAAAGUAAUUAUACGCG